AUGGACAUAAACAAAUUAUCUCUUACAAAAAAAUAUAUAAUAUUCACUUUAUUUUGUGUUUAUAUUAUAACAUGCGUUGGUAUUUUUUUUAAUUGGAUUUCUCUAUCAGAUUUUUUUUUUCAUGGGAACGUAUAUAUAAAUGAUUGUAACAAUAUAUAUGAAGCUUCAGAAUAUAAAAGAACAUAUAAAUGUGAAGAACAAGAUAAAAAAGUUCAAGCACUUUAUCCUAUAAUAUUAUGUUCAAACUUUAUUAUGUCUGCUAUAUCAGGUACUGUUUUUGAUUAUUUCGGCCCUAAAAUAACAGCCUUAUUUGGUCAUGUGUGUAAUAUAAUAUCUUGGAUUCUUAUAGGAUUACAAAAAGAAAAUAGUAAUAUAAUAAUUUUUGGGUCAAUUUUCUUAGGGUUAUCUAGUGAUUGUUCAUUUAUUCCUUUAUUAAGUUUAAUUUAUUUAUUUCCAAGAAAUCAUACUAUAUAUACUGUUAUUUUAGGAUGUUGUGCUUCUUUAAGUUUUAGCAUACCUAUAUUCUUAGAUUUAUUUUCAAAAGAUGGAGAUGAAAAAUCUUUUCAACUAGUAUGCUUCUUAUAUUGUUUCAUAAUUUUAGUUCCUUUUUUUUUUAUUCUCAUCAUAUUCUUACCAUGGCAGCAUAUAAACUAUGAUACGUCAAACAAGAAAGAGCAAUCUUUUAAUAACACACUCGAUCAAUUAAAAGGUUAUGUCAUAUCGAAUAAAUCUAUAAAUUUAAGUUUUAAUAAUUUUUCCAGUGCGAUCACAGACGAACAUAUCCAUGAAGAUCAAGAAGGAGGGAGUUCAUUUGGAAAGUGGAUGUAUCAAGAAAGUGAAAAAAGUAAUUCAAAAGGUAAUACUGGACCAAUGAUAAAACAAAAUGAAGUUAAUAUGAUUAAUAAAUAUAAUAUGAAUGAUAUAUCAUGUGAUAAUAAUAAUAAUAAUAAUAAUAAUAAUAUUUAUUAUUGUUAUAAUAAUUGUAGUAGUGUAAAUUUUAAUAAUAAUAAUAAUACAAUAAAUAUUGUGAAUAAAAAAAAAAAUAAGUCACCUAAUAUUUAUUCAUUAGAAGAUAUGGAAAAUAAUUCAAACGUAUUGAAUGUUUAUAAAAGUAACCCUUUAAAUAUAUCAGUAAAAAAUAUGAGUCAAAUUAUAUAUACCAAUAGCUCAAUGAAUUCCUCACAUUUAGUUUUAAGAAAAAGUAACGAUAAGUUGAACGAUCAUAUGAAAUAUAAUACAAAUGAUUUGAUAAGCAAUAUGUCAAAUGAUAAUAAAAUAAAUAAUUAUAUAAGUGAUGAGAAAUAUUAUAAAAAUAUAUAUUAUAUAGAUCAUAAAAAUGACAAUAUACAAAAUGGUAUAAAAUAUAAUCCAAGAAAUGACAUCAAAAAUGGAAUUCAGAUGGGAAACCAGAUGGGAAACCAGAUGGAAAAUAAGAUGGAAAAUAAGAUAAAAAAUGAGAUAAAAAAUAAGAUAGAAAAUAAGAUAGAAAAUAAGAUAAAAAAUAAGAUAGAAAAUAAGAUAGAAAAUAAGAUAGAAAAUAAGAUAGAAAAUAAGAUAGAAAAUAAGAUAGAAAAUAAGAUGAAAAACCAGAUAUUAAACAUAAUUGAGAUGAAAAAGAAAAAAAAUAUAUAUUCGUUUAUCCACUUAUCAACCUUAUGGAAAGAAAUAAAGAUGAUAUUUUUUUCUUUAAAAUAUUUAAGUAUAUGUUAUUAUUUUACAAUAUAUAAUUUAUCUUUAGUUAAUUAUAAUGAAUGUGCAAAAUUAUUUUUUAAAAAUUAUGAAGAUAUACAAAAUAUUUUGAAAAUAUUUGGACCUUUAUCAGUUAUACCUUGUGCAUUAUUUGGUAUAUUAAUUCAAAAAAUUCAUAUACUUAUAUUAAUAUUUAUAUUAUUAACUAGUAGUAUAUUAAUGUAUGUAUUUGCUCUUAUUAAAUAUAAACUAUUUUCAUAUUUUAGUGCAUUUUCAUAUCUAAUAGUAACAGGAUGUUAUACUACACAAUUAUAUUGUUAUAUUCAAAUUAUGUUUCCUACUAAUCAUUUUGGUAAAAUAGCUGGAACAACUAGUAUGAUAAGUGGUCUAUUAUCUUUAUUAAAUAUACCUAUUUAUAAUUAUUACAUUGUAGAUUAUAACAAUAAUGAUCCUACUCCAUUCGCAUAUUUUGUGAUACUACUCUUACUGUCAACAUUUCCUCUUCUCUAUCUUAUUUACAAAAGAUAUAAAAAUUAA